AUGAUUAUUGUUGCUGUUUUUACUAUAUUAUUAUCUGCUUUCGGUUGUUUGGGUGCUGUAUUUAAGAAUCGAGUAUUUUUAUAUUUAUAUGCAGCAAUUCUUAGUCUUCUUAUUAUCACUGAGUUAGCAGCAUUUAUUAUCACAUUGACUUAUCGUGUUCGUAUUCGUGAUAGUUAUUAUUCGGGUUUUCGAGAAUUAUUUAUUGAAAUUUAUAGUAAUAAUCAUACAGAUCUUAAAUAUGUUAUAGAAGAUAUAGAACGUGAAUUUAAAUGUUGUGGUAUUAACAAUGUUACAGAUUAUUAUAAACAUAAUUAUACAGUUCCUGUUGCUUGUUAUAAAGAUCAAGAUUUUGAUAAAUCUAUUUUUGAUCAAGGUUGUGCUAAUGUUGUCAUUCAAUGGUUAUGGAAGCAAUUUCCAAUCAUUGGAAGUGUAUUAGGUAGUAUUUUAUUGAUUGAAAUAUUUGGUAUUAUUUCAUCUAUUGCACUUAGUACUGCUAUUUCUCAUUCAUCAUAUAGUGAAAUAUAUAAAUGA